AUGGCCUUUCUUUGGCUCCUUUCCUGCUUUGCCCUCAUGGGGGACACCUUUGGCUGUGGGGUCCCCACCAUCCACCCUGUGCUGAGUGGCCUGUCCAGGGUCGUCAAUGGGGAGGAAGCUGUCCCUGGCUCCUGGCCCUGGCAGGUGUCCCUGCAGGACAAGACCGGCUUCCACUUCUGCGGGGGCUCCCUCAUCAGUGAACGCUGGGUGGUCACCGCUGCCCACUGCGGGGUCACGAGGUUUGACAGGGUUGUAGCUAGAGAGUUUGACCAGAACUCUGAGGAGGAGGACAUCCAGGUCCUGAAGAUUGCAGAAGUCACAGGUUUUCAAGAACCCCAUUACAACAGUCUUACCAUCAACAGUGACAUCACCCUGCUGAAGCUGUCCACGUCCACCCGCUUCUCCAAAGAAGUACCUCCGUGUGCCUGCCCGGCGCCUACUGGAAAGCUGUGUGUCACCACAUGCUGGGGCUUGACCAACCCCAGAGACAGCAACACUCCUGACAGGCUGCAGCAGGCGGCCCUGCCCAUCGUGUCCAGCACCCACUGCAAGAAGUCCUGGGGCUCAUCUGUCACCAGCAAGAUGAUCUGCGCCGGGGCCAACGGCGUCUCCUCCUGCAGUGGCGACUCUGGCGGCCCCCUCGUCUGCCAGAAGGAUGGAGCCUGGAACCUGGUGGGCAUCGUGUCCUGGGGCAGCAGCACCUGCUCCACCUCCACCCCAGCCGUCUACGCCCGCGUCACCGAGCUCGUGUCCUGGGUGCAGCAGAUCCUGGCGGCCAACUGAGCCCGCGGCCCCACCCUGGCCUCCCUCUCACCUGCGCCCCACAGAGCCUCAAUAAACCCCUGG